CAAUGAGGUGCCCUAAAAUGGUGCUGGACAGACUCGAGUUUCGACACCAUUCAUCAUUCAUCAUUAUGGAUUUCAACACGCAAACAUCGCCUAAAUGUAUGUUUUUAGAAGGCAUAUAUACCUGGGUCUCUCACGUCAACAUCGAAGCAUCGAAGCAUAAACGACUCGUCUGACAGUACAGCUAACUAAAUAUGACUCAGGUAGAAACAGCACCCACUGUGCCAGAGGUUGGCUUAAAACUCGCCAAGUACAUCACGGCUAUUGCAGACAAAGCCAUAGCUGCGCGUGGAAAAUUCACCGUUGCGGUUUCUGGAGGUUCUCUGCCGAAGACAUUGGGAUCGGGUUUGUUGCACAUGAACGAAGAAAGUAAGAUUGAUUUCAGCAAAUGGCAAUUCCUCUAUGCCGAUGAGCGUAGCGUUCCUCUGGAUCACGCCGAUAGCAAUCAUUUGGAAUGCAAGACCCAGAUUUACGAUCCGCUGAGUAUUUCAUGCGCCGACAAUGUGCACGCUAUCGACUACAGCGAGGAUGUAGAGGAAGUCGCUGCAAAGUACGAGAAGACCCUUGCGAGUGUCUUCGGCGCUUGCGAUGCGCCUCAACCACCUGUGUUUGAUCUUGUCUUAUUGGGAAUGGGCCCAGACGGACAUACGCUUUCUCUGUUCCCGGGCCACGCCCUGUUGGAAGAACGCACAAAACUCGUGGCAUCAUUAGCAGACAGUCCCAAGCCACCAUCAAAACGUGUGACACUGACGUACCCCGUAUGUGAGGCUGCUCGCAACGUUGCAUUUGUCACUUCGGGCGCUGCCAAGGCAGAUGUUGUGUACAACAUACAUAAGGAAGGUAACAGUAACAACUAUCCUUCCGGCUUGGUUAAAUGCGCCAAUGAAGAUGGCGUCAUGUGGUUUUUGGACGCUACUGCUGCGGGGAAAUUGUAAAUAAAGAAAGACAAUUCUUUAGAUACUUCGAUAUA